AUGGGUUGCGGUUCAUCUGAUUCUUCUUCUGCAAAUGACCCCAGAAAAGUAGAACGUCAAAAGGAGUUUACUGGAGAAAAGAUUUCAUCAGAGAUCUUUGUUGACUUAAAGGACGGCAACAUCUACGAGGAAUAUGAGGUCAGGUCAACUUUGGGGGAAGGAGCAUUCGGUUGUGUAAAAUUAGUAUUUCAUCGCAAAACUAGUAUGAAUUAAUAUCAGCUAUUUAGAAAUGCCAUAUGCUAUGAAACAAAUAAAGAAAAUGGGAUUAAUUAAGGAGGACCAAAAGAUCCUAUUUAGUGAGAUGGACAUUUUGAAGUUAAUUGACCAUCCCAAUAUUGUUAAGUUACACAAACUCUAUUAAGACAAUAUCCACUAUUAUCUGAUCACUGAACUAUGUUAGGGUGGAGAACUAUUCGAUAAACUUACAUCUGAAAAGAACUUCACUGAGAAAAAGGCAGCUGAAAUUAUGAAAUAAGUAUUAUCUGCCGUGACAUAUUGUCAUGAGAGAAAAAUCAUACAUAGAGAUCUCAAAUUGGAGAACAUACUAUUGGAGACAAAAAGCUCGAAUUCGAAUAUUAAGGUGAUUGAUUUUGGCACAUCUCGCAAGGUCUAGGAAGAUGAAAAAUUAAAGUUAAAAAUAGGAACUGUACAUCUUUAUUGAAAUAUAAGUUAUAUUACAUGGCUCCUGAAGUUUUUCAAGGUCAUUAUGAUUUAAAAGUGGAUGUCUGGAGUGUUGGUGUGAUCUUAUAUAUUUUGCUCUGUGGAUAUCCUCCUUUCAAUGGUGAUGAUACAACAAUCAAAUAGAAAAUUUAAAAGGGCACUUUUGAAUUCAACGGUAUUGAUAUCCUAUAAUUUCCUCAUAAAUAGAUCCUGAAUGGAGAUCUAUUUCGAAGGAAGCAAAGGAGUUAAUUUGUAAAAUGCUUUAGUACGAUCCUUUACAAAGAAUAACAGCUCAAUAGGCUUUGUAAGAUCCGUGGAUUCAAUCAAAAGCUCCAAAUACUCCAGUAUAAGCUAAUGCGCUCAAUAAUUUAAAAGAUUUUUAUGUAUAUCAACAUUUUAAAUUUAAUUAGAGUACAUCAAAACUAAAGAAUGCCAUAUAAUUAUUCAUAGUCACUCAAGUUACGACUUAUUAGGAGAAGGAAGAACAAUUAAAAUAAUUUAAAGCAAUGGAUAUUGAUGGGAAUGGAACAAUAAGUCCAGAAGAAUUAAAGAAACAUUACUCUAAAAUCUAUGGAUAAGAGGCAGCUGAGAAAUUAGUAACAGACAUAAUGAAAUAAGUUGACAUAAAUUAAUCAGGAUAGAUCGAUUUUAAUGGUAUUUUCAUUUUUAUUACGAAUAUUAUUAGAAUUCUUAGUGGCUGCUGCAAAUAAAGAAAAAUUACUUUCUUAAGAAAAACUGAAAUAAGUAUUUUAGAUGUUUGAUAAAGUAAUGAGCUUUAUAAUUUUAGAAUGGGGAUGGUAAAAUUUAAAGAGCUGAACUUUAAUAUAUUAUGUCUGGUAUUCGGAUUGAUGAUGCUUAAUGGAAAAACAUUUUAGAAGAAUGCGAUAAGGAUAACGAUGGAGAGAUUUCUUUAGAUGAAUUGAUCAUGCUAAUGCAAAAACUAAAGUGA